AUGUCUGAAUCUCAACCCCUCCUCUCAACCAGCAAUACCGUGGGCCUAAGCAGUACUCCAAGUUUCACGCUCCGCCGCGCGCGGUGGGGCGACCUACGAGGAGCGGCACGAGCAUGCUCGCUGGCAUUCUGGGACGACGUGCUCUUCGGAGGAAUCUUACACCCGCGCCGGAAAGAGUACCCGCUCGACAAUGACAAGUACUGGUACCGACGGUUUGUGGUGGACUGGUGGGAUUGGAGCCACGUGUAUCUCGUGACGGCGGAGAAAUCGGAUGGGAAGGAGGUCAUUACUGGGUUCGCGCAUUGGAGCAGGAUUGCGCCGUCGAACAAGGUGAACCGACGCGCUGGGUGGGAGUUGGCAUGGUGGGAUCCGAGACGACUACUCAAACCUGUAUUCAACGCGGCCGUGAAAUUCAUGCACUGGAUCUCGCCGAACCGCGCCACCUCGCCUGAGUUGGAAGACAUGGUCGAACAAGGGUACCCAUUUCUCGACCAUAUCUGGCUUGGUGACCGCGAGCAGUCGUGGUAUCUGGAGAGUCUAGCUGUCCAUCCGGACUUUCAGAAGAAAGGUCAAGGGCGGGCGCUGGUCGCUUGGGGGCUGGAGCAGGCCAAGAAAGAAGGCAUUGCGUGCAGUGUCAUUGCUGCCGAUGGGAAGGAAAAGUUCUAUCAGGCUUGUGGAUUCAAUGUUGGACCCGUCGGAAGGGCUGGAGAGGGAGAAGGGAAUCCCUUGCACGAUGUCGAUGGUGGAUUGGUCUUUUUCAGAGACAAAGAUGGUGUUGUCGUCGAGGAGAGGGAGCCUGGGGUCUGGAUGGAAGGGAACGGAGUGUUUGACUGGGAGGAGUGGUUGAGAAGGACUGCGAAGGGACGAGAGGUGUGA